AGUGGGAGGGUUGGCCCUGCUGCUACCUAAACCUGUUUGGCUGGCCCCUGAGAUUGACGACAGGCAUUUAACAGAGAAAACCAGCUGAGAGAGGUCAGAAUCACUGCCAGAGGAGUUCAGAGGAGACACUACAGCAAGCAAGCAGAGCGACCCGACCCCCACCCACUACUACUAGACUCCUCUACACUUGAACAUCACAUGGUUUUCUGAAGACCCUCAUUGUAUGAUAUGCAAGUGUAAAAAAGACGCCUGAAUGAAAAUGAAUGGGGAAGUAAAAGGGGAGGGCAUCUCGGCUGAUGUAUCCCUGGGAGACGCUAACGUGGGCGUAGGGGGAGGAGCCCUGAUCUCUGCAGAACCGUCCAUCAGCAAGAUGAUUGGCCUGAAAGAAGGAGAUGAGAUUGUUGCUGCUACCAUCCACCUGGACCACCUGGCAAAAGAUGACGUCAUGAAGGUUCUGAAGAUGUUGGAGCCAUACGACGACAAAUUGGAGAUCAAGACUAAAUCCAGUCUUGGAAUCGAUCUCAAUGGGCCUUCUUUGGCGAAUGGACUUGACGGCGGGGCAAAGUUCACCAUGCCAACUGUUGGUCUUGCUGGACCGCAGGUCAAAGGAGCUGCGUUGGACGGCACCAUUCAGAGUCCCGAUCUUAGCAUCACUGCUCCAACAUUGGAAACCCCGGAUGUGUCUGUCAACGUGGACAAACCAGAAGUCAACACCAAGGGACUCAAAUAUAAACCUCCAAAGUUCACCAUGCCAAACUUCCACUUGCCCGCAAAAAAGCCAAAAGUUACAACCCCAGAGCUCAGUCUUGAAGCCCCGGGUCUUGAUGCAGAAGUGAAAACUCCAGAUGUCGAUGUCACCUUGCCAAAAGUGGACGUCGACGGCCCAGAUGUGGACGUCGAGGCGCCGUCCGGGAGGUUCAAGUGGUUCACACUGCCAAAGCCAAAGUGGGGUCACUCCCGACCUGCCAUUAAAACAGAUGUCGAUAUGGAUUUAGAAACCCCAGAUGUGAGUGUGUCUGGUCCAAAAGUUGAUGUGGAUCUGCCCGAUGCCAAGGUCGAUGUUCCCAAAGCUGAGAUUGAGACUACCGAUGUUGACAUUGAGGCUCCAUCACAUAAAUUCAAAUUCCCAAAGCUGAAGAAGCUCAAGCUAGGUAAACUCAAAGGACCAGAUGUGGACAUUGAGGCAGACACCCCAGACCUGGAUGUUUCCGUGCCAAAGAUUGAGGCUGACCUGAGCUCACCUGAAGUCGAUGUAAAGUUACCAUCAGCUGACAUCAGUGGUCCAGAUAUAGAUGCUGAUAUUGACGUAAAAGCCCCAUCAGGAAAGAUAAAGUUUCCCACUCUAAAGAAGCCCAACUUCAAACUGAAACCAAAGGUGACUACUCCAGAUGUGGACAUUGAUGCAGACAUCAAAGCCCCUGAGGUCAAUGCAAAUCUUGAGACACCAGACAUAGAUGUAAGUCUUCCAAAGGCAGAAAUCGAUGGACCGGACAUUGAGGUGAAAGCUCCGGAUGUAGAUAUUGAUCCUCCCUCUUCUAAAUUCAAGAUCAACUGGCCCAAGAUGCCCAAGCUGAACCUUGGAAAACACAAAUCACCAAGCUUCGAGGUUGAUGCAGAUGUUGAGUUACCUGAUGGGGAUGUAACGUUGCCUAAGGCAGAUGUCACAAUGCCUGACGUGGACGUCAAAACACCAGACCUCAACCUUGAUGUUGAUGUGCCUGACGCAAGCCUCAAAGGCCCUGAGGUCGACGUCAGUGCCCCAGAUGUCGACAUUGAGGCUCCAUCAAGCAGGUUUAAGAUGCCCUCAAUUAAAUGGCCAAAACUUAACCUAUCUGGACCGAAAGUGAAAACCCCAGAUGUUGAUCUUGAUGCAGAUUUAAAAGCACCAGAAGUGGAUGUCUCAUUACCCAAAGUUGAGGCAGGCCUAGAUGCCCCUAGUGUAGCUGUAAGUGUUCCAGAUGUUGACAUUGCUGCACCAGACCUCAGCCUUUCUGGCCCCAACAUAGAUGUUGAUGUGCCAGAUGCAAGCCUCAAGGUACCAGAGGUAGAUGUGGAAACACCAGACCUCGACCUUGAUGCACCAUCAAAAAAGAUCAAGCUGCCAUCAUUUAAAUGGCCGAAAUUUGGAGCAAAGGCAAAAGCACCAGAGGUUGACAUUGAUGCAGAUGUUAAGGCCCCAGAUGUAGAUCUGUCAGUCCCCAAAGUAGAAGCAGGACUUGAUCUUCCUAAAGUUGAUAUCGAUUUACCCAAGCCUGACGUAGACCUCAAAACACCAGACCUCAACCUUGAUGUCGAUCUACCUGACGCAAGCCUUAAAGCACCUGAGGUCGACAUCAAGGCCCCAGAUGUCGACAUUGAAGCCCCAUCAAGCAAGUUUAAGCUGCCCUCAUUUAAUUUGCCAAAGCUUAACCUAUCUGGACCAAAAGUGAAAGCACCAGAGGUUGACAUUGAUGCAGAUUUAAAGGCACCAGGUGUAGAUGUGUCCAUACCCAGUGUUGAGGCAGGCCUAGAUGCUCCUAAGGUUGAUAUCGAUUUACCCAAAGCUGACGUAGACCUGAAAACACCAGACAUCAACCUCUCUGCACCAACACUAGAUGUUGAUCUGCCUGACGCAAGCCUCAAAGCACCCGAGGUCGACAUCAAGGCCCCAGAUGUAGACAUUGAGGCCCCAUCCAGCAAGUUUAAGCUGCCCUCAUUUAAUUUGCCAAAACUUAAUCUAUCUGGACCCAAGGUGAAAGCACCAGAGGUUGACAUUGAUGCAGAUUUAAAGGCACCAGAUGUAGAUGUGUCCAUACCCAGUGUUGAGGCAGGCCUAGAUGCACCUAAGGUUGACAUCGAUUUACCCAAAGCAGACUUAGACCUAAAAACACCAGACCUCAACCUCUCUGCACCAACACUGGAUGUUGAUCUGCCUGACGCAAGCCUCAAAGCACCUGAGGUCGACAUCAAGGCCCCAGAUGUCGACAUUGAAGCUCCAUCAAGCAAGUUUAAGCUUCCCUCAUUUAAUUUGCCAAAGCUUAAUCUAUCUGGACCUAAAGUAAAAGCACCAGAGGUUGACAUUGAUGCAGAUGUUAAGGCCCCAGAUGUAGAUCUGUCAGUCCCCAAAGUAGAAGCAGGACUUGAUCUCCCUAAGGUUGAUAUUGAUUUACCCAAAGCUGACGUAGACCUCAAAACACCAGACAUCAACCUUUCUGCACCAAAAGUUGAAGGUGACCUCUCUGCACCAACACUAGAUGUUGAACUGCCUGACGCAAGCCUCAAAGCACCUGAGCUCGACAUCAAGGCCCCAGAUGUCGACAUUGAGGCUCCAUCCAGCAAGUUUAAGCUGCCUUCAUUUAAUUUGCCAAAACUUAAUCUAUCUGGACCCAAGGUGAAAGCACCAGAGGUUGACAUUGAUGCAGAUUUAAAGGCACCAGAUGUAGAUGUGUCCAUACCCAGUGUUGAGGCAGGCCUAGAUGCACCUAAGAUUGACAUUGAUUUACCCAAAGCAGACGUAGACCUGAAAACACCAGACCUCAACCUCUCUGCACCAACACUGGAUGUUGAUCUGCCUGACGCAAGCCUCAAAGCACCUGAGGUCGACAUCAAGACCCCAGAUGUCGACAUUGAGGCUCCAUCCAGCAAGUUUAAGCUGCCCUCAUUUAAUUUGCCAAAACUUAAUCUAUCUGGACCAAAAGUAAAAGCACCAGAAGUUGACAUUGAUGCAGAUUUAAAGGCACCAGAUGUGGAUGUGUCCAUACCAAAACUGGAGGCCGACCUCAGCGCUCCAGCUCUCGACGCUGAUCUGCCAAAAUUAGAUGCCAGUGUUGAGGCACCGGAUUUGAAUCUCUCUGCAGAUGUAGACCUCCCAAAAGCAGAUCUAACAGCACCAGACGUAGAUUUAAAGGCCCCAGAUGUAGACAUUGAAACCCCUAAGCUAAAGAUGCCUCACUUUAAGCUACCUAAGCUCAACCUGACAAUGCCAAAGAUAAAAGCACCCAGUGCCAGUGUCGAUGUGCCAUCUGUUGAUGCUGAAGUAAGUGCACCAGCAGUUGAUUUGCCCCAGGUCGAUGUCGAUGCCCCCAGUGUUGACCUGAAAGCCCCAGAUGUUAAUGUGAGUUUACCGAAAGUUGAUGUCAAAGCCCCCUCUGUAGAUAUUAAUGCUCCUGAUGUAAGUGCAGAUGUAGAAGUGAAAACACCAGAUCUUGAAGCCAACAUUGAGAGUCCAGACGUGGACUUGAAAGUCCCAGAUGUUGACGUUGAUCCCCCCUCAGGAAAAUUCAAAAUGCCCCACAUAAAAUGGCCAAAAUUUGGUUUUUCAGGAUCAAAAGGGAAAGAGCCUAAUCUGGAUGUCAGUGUAGCACCUGAGGUGGAUGUUGAGGCCGAUCUCAAGGCGCCCAACGUAGAUCUGAGUGCUUCUGCCCCUGAUGUAGACGUGAGCCUUCCCAAAGCUGAUAUUGAUGUAGAUGCACCUGAUGUCAGUGUUGAGACAUCGAAACCAAAGUUCAAAUUCCUGACCCUCAAGAAGUUAAGUGGGCCAAAAAUAAAAGCAGAGCUGGAUGGAGAGGCAGAUGCUGGCGUUGAGCUAUCAGAGGAAGGAAUACCCUUAUUCAAAACACACAGACUGCCACUAAACACAAUACAGAAUGCCCUGGAGUUCACUGGCGCUGUCAACCUGGAGAGUGACCCUGUAGAUCCUGAGUUCAAGACCUCAAGGAGCAAAUCAGGCAGCAUCGGUAACCUUCUUGGUCAAGCGCAGGCAGCAGCAGGUCCAAUCGACAUCAAGGAGAGGUUGAGAUUAUUCGCCUCAAGGUCAUCGUUAGAUAAAAGCAUUGAUGGUGAUUCAUCCCCCGUAGUUGAAGUCAGCACGCCCUCCCUUGAAGUAUCCCCAUCGGCAGACGUCAGCCUCAAUCUCCCAGCGGUUGAAAUUGAUGCAGAUGCAGGCGGUGACAGUCCUACAAAAAUCAAACGUGGGACAUUCAAAGUAGCAAAGCCAGAAUCUGGCAGCAACUGCCCAGUGAUUGAGUCAUCUGAAAAGUCUGAAAAUGAGAAAUUAUCAAUUAGUCUCUCAAAUAUGCUCGGCCUCCCCACAAAAGGGGACUCAGAUGGGGAUUCCUGAAUAUAUUUGAGGUUCUUCCAUCAUAUUUAAGUGUGCUGAUGUAAAUGUUUUGACGAAAAAAGUUAUACAAGUUUGUGAAUUUAGUAGUAUCUACUCAAACACUAACAGAAAAUAAUAUCAUAAAUCAUUUAAAAAUUCACAGUAAAAUCACAGUAGGAUGGAUUGAGUUACUGGUUUGUAAGUAAUGUUAUGUAAAGUAUGUUGUAAGAAAAAUAAUAAUGAAAUGUUAAUAUAUGCUUCUUCCAUUGAACACGCAGAAAACAAUGUGAUUGUAUGUGAAAUAUUACAUAUAUACAUGUUUAUGUGAAUGUCUGUCAGAAACUAAUUGAGUUAAUGUUUUGUUUACAAUGUGUGAUACAAGACUAUGAAAUCCAUUUUCUACAGCUGCUGAAUGCCAUGUAUUAUUCUUACAUGCUACAUGUUUUUUAUUUUAUUUUAUUUUAUUCAUUAUUUUAUUCUCUUUUGCUUCCUCCUUAACUUGUGGAGUGCAUUUUAUCAAACUGUUCCA